AAUAAAUUUUUUAUAGUUAGUGUGUUUUCAACUACUAAAACAAGAGCAUCUUUUAAGUUGUGCAAAUGUCAUCAAAUAUUCAAAUGUCAGAUACCAUGACAUCGGAUCCAAAUGAAACCAAAGAUUGUGCUAAUUAUGAACGAUCGCCAAACAAGUUUGCAAACUAUGCGCCGGUGCGACAACAACUCAGUGGUUAUCUUAAUCAAAGUAAUGGUAAUCGUAUUGGUGUUGUUGGUAAUGAUGAGAGACAACCACUGAUAAAUGGCAAUUGUUUUUCAUCCAAUGCUCACAUGCCAUCAUAUAAUACACUAAAUAGUGGAAAUAAAUCAAACAGCGAUUCACACUAUUCUGAAACUACUCUCGAUAUGGAUGUCGAGGAAAGGCCUAAAAAAGCGACUAAACUUAAGUUUCUUAAGACAUUGCUAUUGGCAUCACUGGUCAUCUAUACUCUGAUAAGCUUUAUAUUUAUACGUGAAAGACACGAGGCCUGGAAUAAUGUGGCCGUUCAGCAAAGCGCACCCAUAUAUGUUGACCUCUCCGAGAGCCUGGACAUCAUGUUUCCCGUAUGGAAACUGAAGGCUCGGUCGACAUUUGUAUCCAAUGAAUACGCAAAUCUGACCGAUUAUGAGGUCAGGUUUACCAUAAUUAGAAUAACCGAUGACAACAAUAAGUCUAUAAUGAAGGGCCCGUGGGUGGCGCCCAUUGCACCCAACUUUUUGGCACUAGAAGUGGGUACUCAUGAAGUUGAACAUACAUUUGUUGUAAAUAAAGAGGAUCAUUACGAUGAUAGUGAUCAUUAUCAAUUACAAAUUGAGACUAAUGUCAAUGAAUCAAUUGGCAUAUCUCUUAAUAUAUCGGGUUUUUCGGAGCUAUCACUUGACGGCAUACUAUUGGCCGCAGCAGUUCUUGUAUUUCUAUAUGUAUUAAUCAUCUUUGAAGUGGUCAAUCGUACGCUGGCGGCUAUGAUCGGUGCCACCGCUGCCAUCACAUGUCUAACACUAAUCAGAGACAGACCAUCGUUGGAAAAGGUAGUUUCAUGGUUAGACGUCGAGACACUGUGUCUAUUGUUUGGUAUGAUGGUGUUGGUGGCCAUCCUAUGCGAAACUGGAUUUUUUGAUUAUGUUUCAGUUUUGGCCUUCCGACUGGCAAAGGGACAGUUAUGGCCACUUAUUUUAACAUUAUGUGUUUUCACUGGCGUUUUAUCGGCUUUUUUGGACAAUGUGACUACUAUUUUAUUAAUGACCCCGGUAACAAUAAGAUUGUGUGAAAUAAAAAAUAUGGACCCAAAACACGUGUUGAUAGCUUUGGUCAUAUUUUCCAACAUUGGAGGUGCGGCCACACCUGUUGGUGACCCACCAAAUGUCAUAAUCAUAUCCAGUGCUAAAAUACAACAACAGGGCAUUGACUUCGGGCGCUUCACGUAUCAUAUGUUACCCGGAAUUGUCAUUUGUUUCAUAGCAUCACUGGUUAUGAUAAGACUCUUGUAUCGAGACUUAACUAAUCUUAAGUUUCAUGAGCCGCCAGAACUAGUAGGGAAAAAGCGUUUAAUGGAGUACUUGAAAGUUGAAGUCGAAAAUUUAGACUCAAUUGAAAGCGAACAAAGAAGACGAGAGGAAAGACUAUUAAAUUCAGAGGACAUCGAAGCUCUCGCUUACAACUCAACACAAUUACAAACUCUCGAUUCUGGGAACCCGUGUUUCCAGUCAUCUAAUGAACUUAAACGAGAGAUAGACGUCUGGAAAAAGGCUUGUAAUUCAAUAUCCGGUUAUUCAAGAGAUGAAAACUCCGUUAGAGGAGUACUUAAGCGUAAGGUUAUGGCACUGGAAAACCAAUUGCAUAAACACCUGUAUGAACACAAACCAUCCGAAGAUGACUAUCUGGCAAAUCUUGAAGAACUCCAGAAUAAAUAUAAGAUCCGAAACAAACCACUGUUGAUAAAGUCAGCAAUAGUUAUGGCUUUAGUCAUAAGUCUAUUCUUUAUGCAAAGUAUUCCUAAUUUGGAUCUUAGUCUCGGAUGGAUAGCUAUAUUGGGCGCUAUAUUACUGCUAAUUUUGGCCGACUUUGAUGAACUCGAGAGCGUUAUAUCACGUGUCGAGUGGUCGACACUUAUAUUUUUUGCCGCUCUCUUUGUUGUAAUGGAAGCGUUGGCUGAACUCAAGUUCUUGUGGUGGAUCGGAAAGUUGACUCAAGACUUUAUUAACUCUGUACACGAAGACAAUCGUCUAAUUGUAGCCAUUUUAGUAUUUCUAUGGGUAUCGGCUCUGGCUUCCAGUUUAAUCGAUAACAUCCCGUUUACGACAGUUAUGGUUAAAAUUAUUGAAGACUUGGCAGAAAAUAACGAAUUUCACGUACCAUUGACUCCACUCAUAUACGCUCUGGCAUUUGGUGCCUGUCUUGGAGGAAACGGCACACUUAUAGGAGCUUCGGCUAACGUGGUUUGUGCCGGUGUUGCCGAACAACAUGGCUAUAGGUUUACAUUUAUCGACUUUUUCAAGAUUGGAUUUCCGAUAAUGUUGUUGACUACAAGUAUUGCCACCAUUUACUUAAUCGUAUGUCACGUUGUCCUCGACUGGAAUUACUAACUAUUGUCUCCAAUUAUUAUUAUUAUUAUAAAAUAAAGUGUCUUAUA